AUGAAGAUGUGUCCACCGGGAGGUUCAACGUUCACAAUGGCCUGGUCGAUGACGUGCUCCAUGCGUCGUAGGAAACGAGACAUUCUGGAGCCGUUUCAAAGAAAGCGUGCUCUCAUUGCUCCAUCAAUCAGACAGCUCCAGACGAUUUGCUGUAAAAUGGGUUGCAAUUUACAUGAUCUGCUCGCCUAUUGUGCUCCGAUCUAG